AUGGCGACAACCAUGACCGCCGCCUCACUGGCCGACUCAGGCAAACAGAUCGUCAAGGCAGCCGAAGGCGGCGACCCUCCCUCGACCCUGCUCUCCCUCCUCCAACCCCUCACCAAAUUCACAGCGACCGAGGACCUUCUACGGCAAAGCAAAAUCGGCAUAGCAGUCAACAAGCUAAGACAAAACAAGGAUCCCAAAGUCGCCCAACAAGCCUCGCAAUUAAUCAACAAAUGGAAGAUCGAUGUGAAAGGGAGUGCGAAACAUAAGGGGAGCUCACCGGCGCCGGGAACAGCGAGAGCAGUAGGAGCAGCUGCACACGGAGCAAGCCGAGAUGCGACGAGCAGUCCGGCACCGAAAGCAGAUGGAAUUGUGAAGAAGGAACCCGCAGCACCCGCAGCACGCAAAAGCAAAGUCCCGCCCGAAAAGCGAGACUUUAAAGCCGACGAAGUCAACACCGCCCUCACCGCUGACCCCGCCCGCAACGCCUGCAUAGGCCUCAUCUACAACGGCCUCGCCUACCUCUCCACUGUCCCACCCAGCAAUGUAAUAACCAUCGCCCGCUCCGUCGAACUAGCGUGUUACGAGUCGCACAAGCAGGACACCAGCGCAGCCUACAAACAGAAGAUCCGGUCACUAUUCCAGAAUCUGAAAAUGAAGGGGAAUGAGGGACUGCGAAGAGAUGUGCUAGAGGAGAAGAUAGGCGCGAAACGGUUCGUCAACAUGACGUCCGAUGAGUUGAAGAGCCAGGAGAAGAGGGAAUUGGACGAGGCGUUGGAGAAGGAGAAUAUGAGUAAGGCGAUGACGGCGCAGGAGGAGAAGGCGAUUUCUACUACACAAAAUCUCACCUUCCCUCGCAUCCCCCAGACACUCUUUGAAUCGCAUACUGACCUCCUUCAAGUCUGA